AGCAUCUCCACUCGAUCGCGCCGAAUGUGCUGCCGUAGCGGCUGAGACAGGAGGUGAGACGGCGGGCCUCUCGCUCUCUAAUUGAUGCAACGCCCACGCGCAUCCAUGCAGAGGAGUCAAGUUGCGAGGGAACUCUUCACUCGGCAACUCUCGACCCUUGAAGUUCCGCAUUACGUCCACCUCCAUCCACACCGCUCCUUCUUCUGUCCAGCAUGAAGCUCGAAACGUCGCCUCAAGGCCUCGCGCGGAAGGCCGUCGAUGGCCAUGCACCGCAUCCAGAGCUCAACUCCAAUUGCCGCCGUGCACGUCGGCUUCCUUCAGACAGGUUCCAGACCUACCCAAUGGACAUUCACGCUUGCCUUGCGAAGCAUCUGGAUGCCGAGAGUUUGCUGGCCAUCAGCCUGACCUGCCGUGCUCUGGCCACACUAUACGCCUUGCCGCUAUCUCGAUGCCUCGCUCUGAACUCGGGAGACGAGUUGCUCAACUUUGUUCAGCAUCAUCAGCGCAAGAGAGAUCAGCUGUACGCUGGCGGGAAUUCUCUUGAUUAUCGUCAAGAUGUAGUCAAAUGGACAAGUCCGGUGUACGAUCUGAAGCUCGACGAUCCAGGUACGCUCUUGAACUCGCGGAGGAUCAUGGAGCUCCAUCAGCUCAUACGCGAGAGAGAGCGCGCCCCGGACUUUCCGGCCGAGGAAACAUCGUCUGGUCUACUGGGCGCAGUGCUGGAUCUGUGCCCAAAAUUGAAGUCCAUUCGCACCUAUCACACCACCUUGCCUCUCACUACUUCCUUAGCGUACGCGCUCCUGAGAACGACUCCUAACCUCACCACCCUGAUCUACAGGUCUAAAUGGUGCGACCCGAAUGCUCUCGCUCUGCUAUUGUCCCGUUCACAAAUCAAGACCCUUGAUGUCUCAAGUGCUCGGUUCUGCGCCUGCAAAGGCGACGAAGUCAGGCAUCUCGACGCCGAAGCCCUGGGGUGCUGGAUCGUCGACUCGAGGUCGUUGCAGCGCUUGGUCCUGACAUCGAGCUACGUGACAGGCUGGAAUCACGGAGCGCUGUGGCGCCACAUGGCUACGCUGAACUACGGGAAUGGUUCAUCGGGGGAUCGGAGAGCUCUUCCGCCCGUAUUGAAGAGUCUAGAGCUUCGCAGAACGCAAGUCAACGCCAGCGCUUUCGGUGCCUUUCUGUCAAGUCCCAACGCUGGAGCUUUGACCCACCUCUUUCUGGGUGGAGUCGCGCGUCUGAGCUCAAAGUCGAUGGAGGAGAGUCUCACUCCACGGUCAGGCGAGGCGCCUUGCGCUUUCGUCGCGUCAUGCGAGCUAUUGGACCUCGAGAUCGACGGCCGACUUAUGAGCUCAGAGCUACUCAAGCUUCUCGGAAAGCGGAUCGGCUACUUGCGCGUCUUCGAGCCCAACUCCGUUCAAUGCAUGGCUCUGACAAAUGUGCUAGCCGAUGGCUUUCUGCCUAAGCUACACCGACUGGUCAUCUGUCCCAGAAGCCAACACGACGACGAAUCUCUUCGAACAAAGGCGACAAGAGGCACUACUCCCCAUCAGCCCGUAAGCGCGAGGCACGCAGCGACGAUUGCCCUGACCGCCAUGUCUCUGGGCGUGAGGGACACCACGGUAGGCGAUGACUUCUGGUGGGGCAUCGAGGAGCGAAAGAAUAACAUGGCAGCCUAUCGGAGAAUGGAAGCGGAGGACCAGCGCAAGCAGGCAGCAGAGAGCGCCCGAAAGGCGCUGCAGCGAGCUCGAGAUGCAGAUGGCUGGGAAGCCGAUGAGGAGGUCAUGGUCUUUGGCAGCCUGCCUUGUGGAGCCGCGCGGCAGCAGUGGGGCGAGGGCGGCCUUGAUCAUUGGAGAGACUAGCUACUGUGCUCCGCGGCCACUACUUUGCUUCGAGUUCCGGCCAGCCCAGCACAUCAGU